AUGGAAGUGCCCUGUGCAGCCAGAGACAAGCAGGCAGGAUGGCGGCAGAUGGCUGGUGCCAGCACCUCCCUACUUCUUAUGAGACAGUGCCGGGGCCACCAGAGCCGCUGUGCCACCGAGGGCGGAGAGCCUGGGGCCCUGCGGGUUGGCCGCUUCCGGGACCGUCCUUCGCAGCGGCAGCCAGAGGAGAGUGUCCAGCUGCCCAGGCUGGGGAGCUUGGCCACGCCCUCCUGCCGCAAGCCCCGCAGGGUCGGCCUGAGGCUGCCCUCUGCCGGAUUCCUCCUCCUCGACUGCGUGCCUCCCGACUCGGAAUUCCACAGGCAGCCAAGAGCACGAGGGGAACAGCCAUGGGGGCAGGGCCGUGAGGACAGGGUCCCUCCCAGCUCUCUGCCCUCAGGGCUGACCCAGACUUGGCUGCCAGACCAGGCUGGUGCUGGGAGGUUGGCCAUGACCUCGGAGGCCUCUUCCGGAAGCCGCUGUGCCAGGUGGGAGCCUGUUCUGCCAUGCAUGGGUCGCCAGAGGAAGGGGGGAGACGGACCCAGGGAGGCUGGGCAAACACCUGGCCCGUCAGGGCUCCACAGGCCCCCGGGCCUGGCGCGACAUCUGCUCCAGGCCCUGGGGGGUGAGAAGGGCCAGGUGCUCCGGGUGGCUUCGGGGAGGGCACCCCAGCCCUGGGGAACCGCGGUCGCCCACGUGCCCGCUGGACGCACCGCAGAGCAGCUCACUUCGGGGCCUUCGCGGGUGGGGCGGCCUCGGUCGGUCCCUGUCCCCCUGGCGCAGAGCGCGGACAAAGACCCCGGCCCAGCCCGCCCGCUCGCCACAGCGGGACGGCCGGCCCACUCGCAACUCCGAGGACUUUCACUGGCUCAGGGGCAUCUGGGGCCUGCAGCCCUCCCGGCCACAGGCCUCCCCUCGCCCUCUGCCCCACUCUGCCGACCCAGCAGCCGCAACAGUGAUGUCCGUCCUCCCCGCAGAGGGAUCCAGAGGCCGGCAGGAAGGACACAGGGUCAACAUGGCCAGACGGUCCUCCCCUCUGGCCCAGGAUCCCCCAGGAAGAGCCGCGGCCCUGUCUCUAUUAAAGAGUUGUCUGUUCCCCCUGCAGGCGAGGAGGAGGAGGAGGGUGGGCUCGCUGCGGACUGUGUGGUGAGACAGGGACCGGGCCCCAUGUGCCCCUCCUACCCCACCCGUGCCCACCCUGGCCCUGGCCCUGGCGGGAUGCAGGAGCGCGAUGCUGCAGGAUGGGCCCGGGAAGAGGACAGUGCCGUCCUGAUCGACGUGGCCCCCGGGGCAGAGAAGGGGGACUCUUACGGGAGCACAGCCAACGCCUCAGAGCCAGCUGGACGCCAGGCAGCCACCGGCAGGGUGGGAAGCCCCGCCAAGCCCUGGAUCGGACCAGGGAGGGCCUGGGAGGGAGACACAGAGGAGCAGGCCAAGCAGCCGGUGCCUAGCUCCUACCGCCCACCGGGAGCCUGGGCGUCCCGUACGUGUGGACCAGGAACAGGUGCUGCCGUCAGAAACUGGGUUGCGUCCUCCUUGGGCGUGGGGACCACGCUGCCCAAAGCCACACGCUGCCCAAAGCGCCCUCAGCCUUCAGUCCGGAUGGCGGCCCUCAGCUCUCAGCACACGUCACAGCCAGCUGGGGAGGCCCAUGCCUGUCCCCUGGGCUUCUGGCCUUUCAGGGACCCCAAUAGCUAUGAUAUGCGAGACGUCCAGGACGAGGACAGCGUGGUGCGCUACCUCCUCUUCAGCGCCCCUUGGGCUGUGCUCCGCUAUUACGCGGAGGACCUGCGUCUGAAGCUGCCCCUGCAGGAGUUGCCCAACCAGGCCUCCAACUGGGCAGCCAGCCUGCUGGAGUGGCUGGGGGUCCCCAACAUCCUGCUGGAGGACGUGCCCGACGUGCCCCCCAAGUCUUACUCCUGCCAGUUCAAAGUGAGCAAUCUGUCCAGGUUCCUCGGGAGUGAGAACCAGGCCACCUUCUUCCCCAUCACCUACAGGCACCAGGCUCUGUUCGAGAUCCUGGCCAAGACCCCGUAUGGCCACGAGAGGAAACGCCUGUUUGGGACCGACCAGCUGCUGGGGGAGGGGGUCUUCAGCGCAGCCUUCCCCCUGCACGACGGCCCCUUGACGACACCCCCAGACGGCCCACGGGCCCUGGGCCUCACCCAGCAGCAGGUCCGGCUCCAGCCCUGGGCCCGCUGGCGCCAGUGACACAAGUACCAGCCUCUGGACCACGUGCGCAGGUACUUCGGGGAGCAGGUGGCCUUCUACUUCGCCCGGCUCAGGCUCUACACAGGCUGGCUUGUGCCAGCGGCGGGGGCAGGCACACUGGUGUCCCUGGUGGGCUGUCUCAUGGUGUCCUCAGACGCACCCAGGCAGGAGCUGUGCGGCAGUGGGGACAGCUUCGCCCUGGACUGCCCCUUCUGGCUGCUCUCCGGCGCCUGUGCCCUGGUCCAGGCUGGCCGGUUCUUCGACCAUGGCGGCACCGUCUUCUUCGGCUUGUUCAUGGCGCUGUGGGCCAUGCCGCUCCGGGAGUACUGGGAACGGAAGAGCUCCACGCUGGCCUGCCGCUGGGGCUGCUCCGACUACGAGGACAUCGAGGAGCGGCCGAGGCCCCAGUCUGCCGCCUCUGCUCCCACAACAGCUGUGAACCCCAUCGCCGGUGAGGGUGAGCCCUACUUCGCCAAGAGAAGCUGCCUGCACCGGGUGCUGGCCGGCUCUGCGGUGGUCAUGACGAUGGUGGCCGUGGUGGUCAUGUGCCUGGUGUCCAUCGUCCUGCACCGGGCCAUCAUGGCCGUCGCCGUGUCCAGGCCAGACAACACCCCCCUCGCAGCCUGGGCGUCACGCGUCGCCAGUCUCACGGGGUCCAUGGUGAACCUUGUCUUCAUCCUCAACCUCUCCAAGGUCUACGUGGCCCUGGCCCGCGUCCUGACGAAAUGGGAGACGCACCGGACGCAGACCAAGUUCGAGGACGCCUUCACCCUCAAGGUGUUCAUCUUCCAGUUCGUCAACUUCUACUCCUCGCCCAUCUACAUCGCCUUCUUCAAGGGCAGGUUCGUGGGCUACCCGGGCAACUGCCACACCUCGCCUGGGGUCCGCAGCGAGGAGUGUGCGGCCGGAGGCUGCCUCACUGAGUUGGCACAGGAGCUCCUGGCCAUCAUGGUGGGCAAGCAGAUCAUCUACAACGUGCAGGAGACUCUUGUCCCAUGACUACGGGGCUGGUGGCAGAGGACCCGGCUCCGCUCCAAGGAGAGGAAGGCAGGGCUGGCCAGGUGCCCUGGGAGGCAGGCAGACUUCGAGCUUCUGCCCUUCCAGGGCCUCUUUGAUGGGCGCCUUGAGAUGGUGCUGCAGUCCGGCUUCAUCACCGUCCUCGUGGCCGCCUGCCUCCUCGCGCCGCUCUUCGCCCUGCUCAACAACCGGGUGGAGAUCCGCCUGGACGGGCGCAAGUUCGGCCGCGAGCGCCGGCGACCCGUGGCCGAGCGCGCGCAGGACAUCGGCAUCUGGUUCCACAUCCUGGCGGCCAUCACCCGCCUGGCGGCCUUCCUGCUGGCCUUCCUGCUGGCCUUCUCGUCCGACUUCCCGCCUCGCGCCUACCACCAGUGGAGCCGCGCCCGCAACCUGCUGGGCUCCGUCAACUUCACGCUGGCGCGCGCCCCGCCCGCUUUUGCCGCCGCGCCCAACCGCACGUGCAGGUAUCGGGCUUUCAGGGGGGAUGAUGGACGUCAUGCCCGGACCCACUGGAAUCUUCUGGCCAUCCGCCUGGCCUUCAUCAUCGUGUGUGAGCACGUGGCAUUCUCCAUCGGCCGGGUCCUUGACCUCUUGGUGCCUGACAUCCCCGGAUCUGUGGAGAUCAAGGUGAAGCGGGAGUACUACCUGGCCAAGCAGGCGCUGGCUGAGAACGAGGUUCUUUUUGGAACAAACGGGGUGGAAGAGGACAAGCCCUUGGGCUCAGAGAUGAAUCUGGGCCCACAAGCCUAG